AUGACUCGACUCGGGGCCGGUGACGAGCUAGAGGUAGAAAGAUGGGCCGACACUGGAAGAACACUGCCGUGGAGGUGGCCACUCGUUCAUGCACACCAGCCUGGAAGCCAGUAUGGAGCCACAUCUUCCAAGAUUCGCACAGUUGUCACUACGGAUAUGGAGCAGGAUGAUCUGACCUCCCUCGUCCGUUACAUGCUAUACACUCCUGCCCUCGACACUCAAGGCCUGAUCUACUCAUCCAGCCGCUUCCACUGGGAAGGCGAUUACAAUGGCACCAGGUUCUACCUUCCUGACCGGGAGUACAAAUGGCCACAAACCUCCUUCCGCUGGGUGGGCAAUCAGACGAUGCAGAACACCGUUGUUGCGGCUUAUUCUAAGGUGUAUCAAAACCUCCGCGUCCACGAUCCCGACUUCCCGACACCAGACGAGAUCAUGUCGUUGGUCAAGAUUGGCAACGUAGACUUCGAAGGAGAAUUCGACCACGACACUGAGGGAUCCAACCACAUCCGCUCUCUCAUCCUGGACGACGACCCACGCACGCUCUAUCUACAAGCAUGGGGCGGAACCAACACCAUCGCUCGCGCCCUGAAGUCCAUCGAAGAGCAGCACUAUGGUACCAGUGGCUGGAAACAGCUUCAAGCCAAAAUCGUCAAGAAAGUCGUCAUCAUGGCCAGCGGCUUUCAGGACAGGACAUACGAUGAGUACAUUGCUCCCUUCUGGCCGAAGCUUGAAGUCCGAGCGAACGGCGUCCUCUGGACUACAUACAACUGCAACUUGGGCAAAGGCAACGUCCGCGGCUUGCCUGACGCCCACGUUUACUUCACGGGCGAUUGGAUCCGGAAGAACAUCGAGAUCGGACCGUACGGCAGCCUCUACCGCUCUUGGCUCGACGGGCAGCACAUGCGAGGAGACCCGCUUGACGUGUUUGGUAACACCACCGCACACCCUAUCCCAAAAGAUCUGUGGUGCAAGCCGCUGGGGCCCUAUGCUUUCCUGGGUGAAGGCGACGACGGAACCUAUUUUCCCUUCCUACCCUCCGGCAUCCAGGACCCAUCUGAUCCCAAUCUGGGAGGCUGGGGUGGGAGGAUGAAGCAGAAUAUCAGCAGCUUGGCCAAUCUCUGGGUCUCAGUGUCCCGCGAGCGGGCUCCGAAUGGAACGAAGGUGGCAGAUUGGGGAACCGAACGCUUCAUCUCUGCUGUGCAAAACGACUUCGCGGCUCGUAUCCAAUGGACAAUGACGUCGAAAUACAGCGAGGCGAACCAUCCACCGUCUGUCGAGGUCGCCAACGGUAAGACCAUCCAAGCCCGCGCUGGCUCAAACGUGCGGUUGCAAGGUGUCGUCAGCGAUCCCGAUGGCGACCGUGUCACGAUGAAGUGGUGGCAGUACUUUGAGGAGGGAACUUACAAAGACGAAGUGAGAGUGAAUAGUAUGGACGGACACGAAGCGAUGGUCAAGGUGCCUAAAGAUGCGAAGAGCGGGCAGACGAUCUCGAUUAUUUUGGAGGGUACCGACGAUGGACAUUUCCCGCUCACGAGAUACGCUCGUGUUAUCAUUGAGGUGCAAUAG